UCACAGUGACAGCAGUGUGGAGGCAGCUGGGGAAUCAAACCUGUGAAGACAUGGCUGCUGAGGACAGGGACGACAAGAGAGAGAAGGUUUACAGGACGCCCACCGCAGGACUGUGGACUGCUACAGGGCUGGUGAUCGGAUAUUUGGUGUGGGCUGUGGUGUUGUCCAUCUUGACCGAAUCAGGACAUCUCCUAAACAACCAGGGCUUUGAAUGUGGGAACAGUGAGGAGUCCAGGCUGACCGAGGAGGCCUUUCUGGUGUUUCUGUGGACAGGCAUGGCUCUGCCCAUCUGUUUCAUGCUACUGCUGAACAUCUGGAUAAAGAGGACCUUUUACAAACCACUGUCACUGCUUGCGAUCUUUGUCGUGUUUGUGGCUAUGACCGUUACCUUUGCAAAGACUUGGGAGAAAGAGAAUGAGGAAAUAGAAGCAUUUAAAGAUCGCUACCUGGAACUGAUCCCUCUGACUGACGUACCAGGAAUAACUCAAUCUCAUGCGAAUGAUAAAAACUGUUCCAUGCUCAGUAACGUUUACCGCUGGCAGGCUGAGUUUAAAUGUUGUGGACUUGAAGGCUAUCAGGACUGGGGGCCUGUGAUCCCAGAUUCCUGUUUGUAUGAAGGAGAGAACAAGAGCACUGGAUGUGUUGGAGCUGGAUACAGCCUCGUUUACGAGAAGCCUUGUCUCCCUACAGUCCUCUCCCUUGUAGAAAAACGUAGCUCCACCCUUUGGACCGUCAUGAUAACUUGGAUCACUAUCGUCGGUGUUCCAGCUUCCAUGUUUGUGUUCCUCAUGGUGAAGUGCUGUUGUUGGGUGUUUUGUGAAGACUGCUGCUACAAACUGAGCUUAUGGAAAUACAAACUGAGCGGAGGAGUGGAGAUGAUUACAGUGGUGUUCAUCAGAAAGGACAAUAAUAACCAGCCUGAGGAGGGAAAUGGGAAAGAUGAGGAGGAAAGAGUAAGCUGCAGCAAUGGCGUGGUGGUGGAUGUGGAGGACGGCGCAGGUGAGGAGGGGGCCGAUGUUUCCGUGGAUAAAAAUGCAGCUACCAGGAUUCCCCUGUCAGAGCUGAGGAGGCUGCAGGAGGAGCUGGAUCCGCCUCCUGUCCAGCACCAGGUUCGGUGUCUGUGCAUCAGCUCCAGAAAACCCAGAAGCUUCUACACGGUGAUGAUAGAGGAGGGCUCGCCGCUGCUGCCUGCUGGCGCCGUGCUGGCCGACGCCAACAAACCCACCACGUGUGUUUGGGCUGAGGGACCCCACGUUUUCUCAUUGGAGGACAUUGUUUGGCCGGAAGAGAGCAAAGUGAUAAAUAGCCUGCCAUUGUAGCAUGACACUGUACAACACUGUGCACACUGAAAAACAUCAAAUCCAAAGAAUUGUGUUUUUUAAACAAAGGUAGGAGACACAAGAUGCCUUUAACUAAAUAUCUCAAGUUCAGACAACUAUUUUUUUUUAAAUUAUAACAAUUGUUUUCAGUAUUACAUUUUGGUGGCUCUACACUACAAAUUUCUCAGAGGAUAAAGCUAAAAGUAUACGUCUAAAAUAUUGCAGUAUGUAUAAUCGGACUGUAGAUGAUAGAUAUUUGAGUGUGGACCACAGCGCGGGAGACAUUCCUGUCCAUAUACAGCCUACUGUGCCUUCCUGCUUCAGAGUUAUUCAUUAGUAUUAUUAGUAUGGCCGUGGUUACAGCGUGGGACUCGGGUCAACAAAAUAAAAUUAUGUCAAACAUAUGGCCUUGUGCCGGGAAACGUUGGCGUGUUUAGAUGUCGUCGCCUGGCAACGAGCCUCUGGUUUCCCCUCAGCUAAUCUAAUAGGAGCAGAGCCGGAACCUCUGGCCGACGGCAGCCAGUGUAAACAGCAGUAAAUCAUCCUGUGUGGCCUCAGGAAAUACAGAUAGUAUUGAUCGGAGCACUGCAGGCUACUCGCUCACGUGAGAUUUCUCCAGAUAAAACACUGAAUAUAUACUUUUAUACACAGUUACAUUUAAAACCAAUGCUCGGUUAAAGCAGUUGUAAUUUAUAGAUUUUUUUUAUAAAUAACAAUGUAAAUUAAAGAGCCAAAUAUUUCACUGAGCAGUUGCUGAAGACCAUAAACGGAGCUAAAAGAGAGUGAACAUUAGAUUUAUAAACAAACAUGACUCCAAUUUAUUGAUAAUGUUCCAGUCACCAGAUGGAAGUUUGUUGUAUCAUCUUAAAAGUACAGUACCUACCUAACUGUAUUGAGUUACUCUUAAUUGUUACUUAUAAUCUUACUUUGUUAAUCUCUAUUAAUCUUAAUCCAAACACUUGGCACGACACUUGGAUUAAACUGCUUGUACCUGUAGUUUUUUUGUUCACUCUGCAGAUUCAAUAUACUUUUAGAAAUAAAUGAUUUCUAAAGAUUUGUAACUCCCACUUUCUGUCGGGAUGAUAAAACGAGACAGUGUCUGAUUUCCUGGUUUGAUCAGGAAAAUAAAUGAAUGGAAAUAAAUCACAUU